GGGCGAAGAGUUGGUCGUGUGUGCAGCAGCCGUGGGAAGCGGUACAGGUGCAGCAAGCUCGCCUGCCAAAACAGCGCGGACGAGCUCUGCGAAUCGACGACCCCCUAACGGCUCGCGUUUUGCAUGAACCCAGCACGGCGCGACUCUCAAUGGCAAGCUCGACAAUGGGAUUCUGAAAAAUGUCCCAGCCAGUCGCGAAUGAUCUUCAGCUUGCUCAACAUGGCCAACGCCGUUCGGCCUCUGCUGCGAGGCUCGAAUGACCGGCAGACCAGACUCAACUUCUUGCCCGUGUCGCGCGAUGACGCCCUCGCCCACGCCCACGCACACUCCCACGCACACGUCCAGUGCAACACCACGCCCACCGCCACCGUCGCGACACGCCGGGCUUCGCGCUCCGGGCCCCUGAUUGUGCUUGCAGACGACGACAAACCCGUCCUCCAGACCUCGCCCGACACGCCCGCCGCCCGCACCACGAGCAGAAAGCGGCCUGCCACAGAGGUCGACUCAGACCAGCCCGACUCACGACCGCCCACCAAGAUCACCGUCACACAGCCCCACGACGACCACCUGCCUAUUCCCAACCGUGUUUCCGUGCCCCUGCGCCUCGACGCUGCCCAUGUCCCUUCGCCAGCAUCGACGCCGCGACCAGUCAGUGCUGGCAAGCUGACUGCCUCGACCCCAGCCGUCCCCGCCCCUGCCUCGACGGCCUCCUCGACCGACAAGAGGAGCCUGCGGAGCCACGACGGCGGAUCGCGCCUCAAGAGCCAUCUAGCCAUCUACUUUUACAACUACGACGACAUCAUCGCAGGCGUCUCCAAGGAUGAUGAAUUCCUUGCUCUCGACACACCCAUAUACAUUGUCGACGAACCCGUCAAGAGCAACACCCCUGCACCCACCACACCACAGCCCUCGCGCAACUCAGUGAGUCCAGCGCGCUCAAUAAGAGGAAAACCCGGCUCGCCUGUUUCGCCUUCGCAUCAUAGCUCAGAUGCGGCUAUACCCCCGGCGCAAUCCUCCACAUCUUUCCAGGUCCUCAACUAUGCCACCAUAGCCAAUGCAAUCCACCACGAGGAUGGCCAAGACCCCCUUGCCGACUCGGUCUACUUUACCCAGCACCGGCGCGCGGAGCGCAAGGAGAAGCAACUGCGCAACAUUGAAAAAGAGCGCGCUAUGCACGAAAAGGUGCAACUGGAGCGUCUACUCGACGGUCUACAGGGCCCAGACUGGCUCAAAGUCAUGGGCAUAACAGGUGUCACAGAUGGCGAGAGGAAGGAUUGGGAGGCCAAGCGUAACUACUUUAUCAGAGAAGUAGAAGCGCUAGUCGACAAGUUCCGCGUGUGGAAAGAAGAAGAGAAACGACUACGCGCCGACAAGGAAGCCGCCCUAGCCGCAAAAGAAGAAGACGACGAAGCAGACGGCGACGACACGGAAGAAUCCGACGGUUCAGUUGCAAACCCACGAGACGUACUUCCCCCACGACACCAACCCAAGGAGCCAGAGCCCCCCAAACCCAGACGGCCGCCUCGUCCCCACGGCUUCCUCCUUCCCCUCGUCCCACCCGAGCCUGCAGCACCCUUCCAGUCCUUUUACGCCAAACCCCAUCUCCGCGCUGCAGCGCUGGGCAAGCACCGCCACGGCCGCAACGCCAGCGCUUUUGGCCAGCCCAUUCCCGAGUUUGCCGAAAAGGAAUUCGAACUGCCCGAUGACUUUAUCGAUCCCCAGUUCUUACGCGACAAUGCUAGACAGAGGCGAAGAAGAAAGCGUGAGAGUGGGGUUGGCGGUGCGAAUGCGACUUCUGCGUUGAAUGCAUAGUUAACUCCUUUUCUCUUUAUUUCUUUCUCUCUCUUUUUUCCCUUUGGAGAUUCUGACUGGGAAUCCCGUGGAAUUGUCGAGAUUCUUUCGUUUGCAAUUCUUCUUCUCUGUUAUACCCUUUAUAUGAACUUCACACAUAACUGCGAGCACGAUGUAUCCACUUUCUGUGCGAAGUCAAAAUCAGGGCGUAAAUUUCCAUAUUGGGGGGGGGUAGGCGUUGUUCUUGGGAGGUGUCGUCGUUUUUUUCUCUCUCUUCUUCUGUCAUUUAAUAUGCAUGUAUCGGGUUUCGGGUUAAGCAAAGGGAAGGAAGGGGAGGGAUUUCCGCUUUCUCUCAGGCAAAUGCGUCAUCAUCGUUGUGUAUAGAUAGGAGUUGGUAUGUAGUGGGCUUUGUUGCCUAGCAAAUCAAUCAAUGAAAGCAAGUAACAAGUAUGUGC